AUGCCAAGUAAAAAGGGAAUAUUGAAGCCCUGUGAUGAGGUGAGGGUGAAGAGGGAAGUAGAAGUGCUUCUCAAGAAGUCCAAGAUGGAAUACCAGCAAAUUAAGGCCAAGCGCCCUGUUGUCCUCAAGCCAGCAAUAGCUCAGAUCGCCGGCACCACCAAAGCCGUGUCCAUGUCACAGAGGCCGCAGCCUCCACCAAAACCCCGAUCAGACAGGCCCCCGACAGAGGUCAAGGUGCGCAAGACGCACUUCCGCCCUGAGCAGGCGCUCGCCCCCGGGACCAGGGUGGCAAAGUCAUACACGUCACGCCACCUGUUCCAGCGCAGCAGCCUCACGCUGAAGUGUGAUAAGUCCAGUGAGAGCAACAGCAGUGACGAUUCAGGCUCAGAUCAGUCUGUCAGAUCCCAGCAGCGCGAGGUGAAGAGGAAGAGGAAAAGAAGGAGAGCGAGACCUGCACGUCCACCAAAGUCGGACAAAACACCCCUGGGUCAGAAGACAAAAGCACCCUUAAUCUCCCACAGUGUGAAAUCUGCCACAGAGCUUUUGGAGGAGGCCAGGAACAUCGCUGGCAUAGAGGUUGAAAGCCAGGAGGAGGCCACAGCCAAAACUUUGGUGAGGACAGGCCGCCGGACUGUUGACGAAAUCAUAGCCUCCUUACAGAGUGGGACCGUUGCCUCCUCUGCCUCUGGUGAUAUGAUCAAGGAGCUGAUGAAACAGGUGCUCGGGGAUGGCUACUUUGCGGACAAUGAGGAAGAAUCAUCACCAUAUGACGCAAAUGACGUGGAAAAGAGUGGCAGACCCACACCUCCUACAGAACCACUGGGUUCUCGUGUGAAGUAUAGCCCUAGUUCACCACCAGUGGCGUAUGGAUCAAUCCAGAGGAGUCCCACUAGAACAUGCACCCCAUAUCACGUGCCCAAGGGAGUCUUCAAGAUGGAUGGCAUACCUGAGCAGCCUGAUUUGGAACUCACAGAGGAUGUCAGCAUGGACAGACUAGAAGCUAAAGGGGAGACUUUUCCACUGAUGACGAGGCCUCCCAGGGUUCCAUUGUUCCCCAGCAACAUUCAGGGCCUCGCUCAUUUGGCAACCUGGGCUCCAAAAACAGACACGGAGGAGUAUAAGACCAUCCACCACCUGUGCACCACUCCAGCCAGCCAGGUCCUGCCUGUGGAACUGCAGCUGGUGUCCAGGGUCUGUCACACGUCCAGCCAGCUCAGCGCAGUACCUCAGACUCUCCAGCAGAGGGCGGCACUGAAACAUAGCUCAGAGCAGCUGGACGCGCAUAGGAUUGUGAGUGAAGGUAUUCCUCUAGAGGCUCUCGCUGAUGCAGAGCAGGAGGACUGUGUGUCUCACCUGGAUCCCGAGAACUCCCUGGCUCUCUCCGACUGGAAGCGCAUCGCUGAAUAUUACGUGGAGAGACCCCGCAUCCUGAUGCACGGACAUGCUACUCCACUGUGCGAACGUGAGAUGAAAAUGUUCUGGACUCCGGCUCCACCCAAGUUCAGCUGUGCACCCAUCUCCCUGAAGGACAAGCUCUUCCCCAAGUACCAGGCAGCCAGGUCAGGACUCUAUAGUGAUGAGUUUCUGUGUGAGCUGGAGGAGUUGGCAGAGGCCCCUUCUGGUUUCCUCCACACUGCAGAGCAGCACGGCACCUCUGUGGAAAAUGUGCUGUGCCAGAAAUCAAAGUCAAUGGUGGAACUCAGGCCAGAUGAAUCAACACAGCCAGAGGAGUCUGCUACAGCCCAGCUACAGCGGCCUCGCUCAGCCCCGCUCCCCAGCACCGGCACCGAGGACCCAGCUGGCCUCAGGAUCAAGGCCGACGUGAACUCCAUCGCCUCCGAGCUGGAGGGAACGCAGCAGCACAGACAGCCUCAAGUCAGCAGAGAAACCCAGCAGCAGCAACAGCAGCAGCAACAGCAGCAGCAGCAGGCCAGAGACCCUCCUCCAGCCCAGGCCCAGGCCCAGCAAGCGGAGGCCUCUCAGAGGUCCGACAAGAAGGCGGAGGAGACGCCGGCGUCAGCUCCUCGUCUGGUGCACGCGCGGCACCGGUCCCAAAGCCUCCGCCGCGGCACGCGGGCAAGGGUGGUGCUGGACGCCAGGCGUGGCAAGGCGGGCAAGGCAGGGAGGAAGCUGAGGCCAGCCAAGCUUGCGGAGAUCCUGAGCAAGCUGAAGGAGAAGUCUCGUACGCUGCUCAGGAGUGAAUCUGUCGGCCACCUGCCCCAGAGCGGUUUGCGGCGUGGGCAGUCGGGCAGCCUUCUACGCUGGCCUAGCGUGCCGACCCAGCUGGACUUCCAGAGCUUCUCCACCGAGCACUGGGGCAUCGCACCAGACGUGGCGGCGCGCGAGUGGGUGCGGGACAUCUGGGAGGCCUGGUUCGACGAGGUCUUCCCGCCGCUGGAGGAGAGCGACAAGCACGGCGCGGCCGGCGUCGGCGGCGACCAGGCGGAGAGCCCCGAGGAAGAGACCCGGGAGCUGGAGAAGGUGGACCCGUCGCUGACGCUGGCCGACAGGGACGCCGUGGCCGAGCUGCAGGCCAAGGUGGAGGACCUGAGCCACGCCAUGGCCCAGCAGACGGCCGUCAGCGCCUUCGACAUGUGCCGCCGCGGGGCGUUGUAUAAGAAGCUCGGCCUCCUUAACCAGGCCUUGGAGGACCUGGACCAGGCCAUAUCCCUGGAGCCUGGCUUGCUGAAUGGCUACUGGCACAGACACAGCAUUUAUCUGCUCCGAAAUGACCACAGCAGUGCCCUGGAGGACCUCAACUUUAUCAUCAAGCACAAUAAGAAGCACGGUGAUGCCUUUCAGUCCAGGGCUGAAAUCUUCAGAGCUACUGGGCGGCCCACUCUGGCCAUCAUCAACUACACACACGCCAUCAGAUGCAGGCCAGAAGAUGAUGAGAUGUACUUCAGGAGGGCCCAGAUGUACAUGCAGACUAAUGACAUAGUGCUGGCCAUGGAUGACUAUGUUAAAGCGCACGUCAUAAACCCCAAAAGGACAGAUGCUCUGAUGAUCCACGGGCAGCACUACUUCAAGAACUCCAACUUGCUGGUGGCGCUCACAGACUUCACCUCGGUGCUGCAGCAGGAGCCGGCCAACGCUAAGGCCAGGACCUGCCGGGGCCAGAUCUAUGCCAGACUGGGUCAGUUCCACAAUGCCACGGAGGACUUCUCCCUGGCCGUCCACCUGAACCCCAACGACUGGCUGGCCUUCUACCACCGCGGCUGCCUGCUGCGCAAGAGACAGCCCGAGACAGCUGUCAGAGAUCUGAGCACAUCUGUGCUGAUCAAUGACGGCCGGGAGAACUUCAGUGCCUUCCUGCACCGAGGCCUUGUCUACUGUGAUCUCAAGCUGUGGAAACAGGCACUGGCAGACUUUGAAGCCGUGGUCAAACUGGAAAGUUCUGUAGCUGUAGCCCAUGUGAACCUGGGCCUGAUUUAUAUGCUGAAAAUGGAUCAGCACCAAGAGGCCAUCCAGAUGUUUACCAAUGCGCUGAAGGUGAACCCCACCUACUACCGAGCUUACAUCUGCCGUGCCAAGGCUUUCCACAUUGUGGGCAAUUUAAAGAGGGCAUUGAAGGACCUAACCUGUGCCACACACAUCAGACCAGAUGCCCAACAGCUCUAUAUCCUGAGGGGACAGUAUUUAUGUGACAUGGGAUUGUUCAGCCUGGCAACUCGCUGUAUUCAGUAUGCAGCCGAGAUGAACCAAGCUCUGGGCACGUCCCCAUUGCGGCAAGCGGCUGUGCAGUCAUUCCUGGGGAACAACGACAAGGCCAUCGCCUGCCUGACGCACGCUGUGGGCGAGAGCCGUCUCCCCGUCAUCAUCCUGCAAGGCAAGACGCAGAUGAAGGCCAGCCUGUUCAAAGAGGCCGUGGAGAGCUUCAAAAAGGCGCUGCAGAUGCUGGAGAGUCAGCACCUGAUGACAUCGGAGGCCGCGCAGAUCUACCACCUGAUGGGAGUGUGCCACAUGUCUCAGGACCUUCUGCAGCAGGCUUGUGACGCGUUCAGCAACGCGGUGAAGAUCAACCCGGACUACGCCGAAGCCUACCAUCAGCGCGGCCUGUGCCGCAUGCGGCUCAAACAGAGCAAGAGCGUUCAGGACCUCAACCGGGCGCUGUCCCUCAACCCCGACUUCUUCCAGGUGUAUCUGAGUCGUGCGACCUUCUACGGGACCAGAGGCAGAUAUUCGAAAGCCAUUCUGAACUGCAACGAGGCCAUUAAGGUUCAGCCAAACAGCGUGAGGGCAUAUCUGUACAGGGGUGCUUUCAAAUACUUCCUGAAGGUGUACCAAGGAGCAGUGGAGGACAUGACCACCGUCAUCAAACUGGACAACACCUGCUCUUUUGCGUACUACAAUCGGGCCGUCUGCUACCACCAGAUGAAGCAAUAUGAGCUGGCCCUGCGAGACUACAGCAUUGUCCUGCUUCUCCCUGAGCAGAGAGAGAUCAGCCUUAAAGUAUUGAUCAACCGCGGCCUUCUCUAUGUGGAACUUAAUGAUCAUCACAAUGCCUUGGCGGAUUUCGUAAAAGCCUCAGAGAGAAAACCAAAGGACUCAGCCAUCCACCAUGCCCUGGGAGUGUACCACCACAGGCUGGGCCAGCUGAAGGAGGCUGUGGAGGCCUACACCGAGGCCAUGCGACUCAGCCCCUUCUCCCUGGACGCCUACGUAGGCCGCGGCAGUGUCUACAUGGAUUAUGGCCACGCGCAGGCCAACAAGCAGGCCCAGAGGGACUACCUGUCCGCCCUACACCUCGAUCCACUCUGCCUCAAUGCCCGCAUAUGCCUGGGGUACAACUUUCAGGUUUUUGGAUGUUUUCAGAAGGCCUGGAAUCAGUUCACCAUCGCCUUGGAGAUUAGCCCCUCAAGCUGGGCCGCCUAUGAAGGCAGGGCUGUGGUCAGCCUGCAGAUGGGGAAUCUCUACGCCGCUUUCCAGGACAUCAGUAAAGCACUGAGGCACAACCCGCUGGGCGACCAGCUCCUCACCAAUCGCGGUGUGAUCAGCCAGUAUCUCGGUGACAAAUCCACUGCCAUGAAAGACUACCAGAAGGCCAUAUGUGUGAACCCCAACUACUCUUUGGCCUACUUCAAUGCCGCAAACCUCUACUUUUUCAACAGGCAAUUCGAACAGGCCCUUGAGUACUACAGCAAGGCCAUCGAGCUGGACCCCGGGGACGAGUCGGCCGUGCUCAACCGCGCCAUCACGCUCACCUUGCUGCGGAGGGUUCCGGAGGCGCUGCAGGACUUCAGCCGGGCCCUGCAGCUCAACCCACAUUCCUCGCACGUCUACCUGAACCGGGCCAACCUCUGCUGCUCCCUUAGGAGAUACCGCAGUGCAGACAGGGACCUCACUCAAGCUAUUGAGCUUCAGCCUAGUGAUGCUUUGCUGUAUAAACUGCGCGCUGACGUGCGUGGUCACCUGGGCCUUACCCAAGAGGCCUUGCAGGACUACGGUACGGCGUUGGAGCUCCAGGAGGCGGAGGAGUUGGGAGCCUCCCCCCGCUGACCUCUCCACAUCCCCCCCAUCUACACGGGCAAUAAAGCUGAGGGCCACAGGUUCCACCUCACAGGUUCCACCUCUACAUGCUUUGCCACUCUUAAGAGUUUCCCUACGCAUCCACAGCAUUCGUAAUUAUACUCCGUAUAUACACAGUCUAGGAGUUUGAUAGUAGCUAGCAGUCAUGGUCAUCAAGAUGCAUCAAGACGCUGCAAAAUAUA